CAUUGUGGUUUAAGUGGCCGUCAAAACCAAUAUCGUAGGACCAAGGAUGGAGACAGAAAAAAGAGAAUCAGAUUACGCGUUUUCAAAGAAUCUUGUACUUAGAUCAGUGAAGGACCAGGUACAGAGGGCGGGAAUAUGUGCACCGCCUCUUCCUGAACCGCAGCCAAUGAGUGAUGAGCAGGAGAAGCUCCUGGAGCAGAUGGCUGAACUCAUCAUAGGCGUCAGCGACUUUCUUGAUCGAAAUAGAAAAUUCAAUAUCUUGAUUGAUGCAUUUGUACAUGUGAUGGACAGACAGAGUUUCCAGAGGCUUGCAGAAAAAGUGUUUGUUGAUGACAUCACUUGGGCGAAAAUUGUUACUCUGAUCUGUGUUGUUGGGAAAACAGUUGCAAAGAUUCUUGCUAAUUCAGUCCCAAGUAUUGUAUCUUGGACAUUGGAUUACUUCCAGAAUAACCUACAGAACUGGAUCUGCAGUAUGGGAGGAUGGAUCAUGAAAGCCCAACACAAAGGGCCUGCAUAA